AAAAGAACAGCAAGUGCAAGACCACGCAUUCCAUCCUGCCUUGCAGAUUAAACCAGCUGUCAAGCCAGAGUGAAGAAUCAGGCAGAGGUCUGCUGACUGGAAAAGCAACCCUCACGGUGGAACUCUGAGAUGUGAGCUUCAGGGAACUGGCUUGCAAAGAGGAAACACAUAGUUGCCGGCCCCCGCUGAGACCAGAAUGGCACCACCUUCUGGGCACAGCCUCCUUCUGACCAGUGCACUGGGCAUUUUCAUACUCCACUGCUUCACAAGAGGGCAGAAGAACAGCACACUCAUUUUCACAAAGGAAAACAUCAUUCGGAACUGCAGUUGCUCUGCAGAUGUCCAGGACUGUGACUAUAGUUUGGCCAACUUGAUGUGCAGCUGCAAAACUGUCCUGCCUUUUGCAAUAGAGCAAACCAGCUACGAUGGCCAUCUGACCAUCUGGUUCACGGACACAUCUGCACUGGGCCUCCUAUUGAACUUCACACUGGUCCGGGACCUAAAGCUUUCUCUGUGUGGUACCAACACUCUCCCCACGGAAUACCUGGCUAUCUGUGGUCUGAAGAGGCUUCGUAUCAAUGCUGAGGCCAGGGGUCCAUCACUGGAGCAGAGCUUACUCAUCUACAACAAUGGGGAAAGUGAACCCAGAGAGAAGAUUAUGUUGUUACACAAAGGCUGGCAAACAUGUAUGUACAUCUCCUUCUUGGAUAUGGCACUUUUCAACAGGAAGUCAUCCUUGAAGGCAUACAGUAUUGAAAACGUUGCCAGCAUUGCCAGCAUUUUUCCUUACUUUUCUUACUUUGAAACUAUCCCAAUUUUAAGCAACAAAAGCUAUGUGGUCACAUUCAUUUACUAACAUUGAAACAGGCUCCAAACACCAAGAACUGUGGCCAACUAUGGAUAAGGUGAACAAGGAAUCUGGAAAUAAGGCCUUGGGUACCCUUACCUACAACUUCACCUGUCUGCCCAGCCCUAUUCACAACAGAACCACACCUACAACCAGCCUUCUCUUCUCCACUCUCUGCCCAACCAUGGGAGGUAUUUUGAAAAACAAAAUUAAAGGAAAGAAACAAACAAAAACUCGGAAAAAAAAAACACAAACCCAAAACAAACAAACAAAACUACUUGAGUCCAGAAGGUCUUAAGAACCAGCCAGAGGCUGUGGAGAAAUGUCAGGUCAGAAAUAGAGAAAGCAGUGCACACCAAGGACUCAGCAGAGGGGGAUGACCCCCAAGGAAGACAUCUUCCUUCAAAACACUGCCUUGAUUUUUUUCUGCUUCCUUUCAUUACAUUGACUAGAAUUCCCCUAAGAAGAGAAGGAUAGGAUUCCAGAGGCUUUAGGACCGUGAGUUCCACAAAAUGAUUACAUUCUCUUAGACUGAUAUUUUGCUAAAAAUCUUGCUAAAAACUUGAGCGCUGUGAAAGGGGAGUUUCGAGAGUGGAACAGGCUGGGUUAGGGUAGGACCUUCACCAAAUGAAAGCACUAGGUUUUGAGGAGUAUGAUACAGAAAUGAAAACCAGAGAGCACAAAAACCAAUGGCAUAUUGGCAUCAAAAUUUUGCUUAGGGCAAGCCCUAAACCUGGAGAGUUUCUCUCUUUAUCCUUUCUCUUUCAUUUAUUCAUUUUUUUGACUUCUUUACUGUCCCUUCUGUACCAUUUCACCUUUCUCCUCAUUUUCCUCAUCUGCCCUCUCCCCUUUAUCCUUCUGCUCCAGAAAUAAGAACUUAGAUUAACACCAUUAGAACUGAAUUUAACACUACUAGGGGCUAGCCUGCAGAAUCUAAGAAUCAUUUAUAAUGUUAUUCUUAUGGGCAAAAAUGCUCAUAUUACUAACAGAUAAUUACCAAAAGAUCUUUUAGGGCUCUUUUUAGGUUAUGCAUCAUACAAUUUACAAAAAAUUUUUUCCAUUUGAUGUUAAAUUCUGGAAAGUUAGAAAGUUAGGGUAUUUUGUAUGACAUGGUUGACACAAAAUGGUCUUAGAUGUGAUGACAAAAGGAACCAAGGCAACUUAUUUAAAAAAAAAAACAAAAAAAGGAAACUGACCUUAGUGUACAAAGGAAAAUUUUCCUUGCAGAGAUUCAAUUUACCACCAAGAUAGAAUGUAAAGAAUCCAUGGCAAUCAUGAUACAAAUGACCAAACUCACAAUGCAAGGAACUAGAAACAUAAUUGCAUUUAUAAUGUCAUAAUGGGAAGAAAGAUUUUUUAUUAUACAGUUCAGGACGUCUUGGGGUUCAUGAUUUCAGAUCACAUUUACCACAUUUUUCUCUUAACCUUAACAUAGGGCACCUGAAAUAACCUGAAAUAUCCACAUUCACUUAAUUGGUGGGGGAUUUGGCCACUCAGGCUAAUUAGCAUGAGUCCAUAAUGUCAGUGUUUAAAUUAGGCCAAAACUAAGAUCAAAGUACGAAUUUUAAUAGAACAAUGCAAUGACCUCAUUACUGACAUUGUAUUUGAGAAGUAAGUUUAAAGUGAGAGAAAAAGACAAGGAAAAAGAUGAUUUGGAAAAGGAAAGGCAAGAAGAAUAUAAGUGAAAGGAUGAAUAAUAAAUAUAUUUACUAUCAUUAGUUACUGAAAAUGUAAAAAACUGAAUUUUAAUGGAUUUUUAUUAAUAAAGUAUAAAAUUAAAUGAUUUAGAAAUUAUGAGCAUCUUCAUAUGCAUUAUCUUCCAUUUGGUGGCAUUGAAUAGUUUCAAAGCUCUUUCACAAAUGUUGUAAGUGAUUCUUGUAAGAAAUAAUUGUAGAUCAAUGGAACUUAAAUCAAUAGAAGAGGAAAGUUAAUUUAGUAAUAAAUCAAGCUUGCCUGAUUUAUUUCUGGCCUGAAAAUAUGGUUCAGGUUUCACUGACAGAGGAUAAAUAAGGAACAGAGAAAAUCCACAGCACAUACAUGGGGGGAAGGACACUUGGUGCUCAGUGGAGGGUGAGGGCUGGCGAGACACCAGGGAGCAGUGGGGAUAGUGGCAAAUUGAGAGUAUUGCCCACCCUUUGAAGGUCCACAGCACCUCAGCUCUAGCUGUGGGAGCAUAUAAUGGGGCCAGAUUCCAUCUUUCAAGAAAAUUAGGAAUCCCAGGUUUUUAUGUGAAACCUCACAAUUUGUAAAUGUUAAGACACUAUUUUGCCUUUUUGUUUGUUGCUUUCAGGAACACUAUGUGGUCACGACCUUGUCAAUGGUCCCCUUAACCUUGGGGCUAGCCAUUUGUCACCUCUGAUUAGUGGUAUGCUGGUAAGUUUAACCACCAGCUCUCCAGAAAAAAAAAAAGUACAUAGAUAAAUAUGUACAUAAGUUUGUUAUAAAUUUUGCUGAU